AUGGAUCAGGACCUCUCUGUUUGUGAGCAGGAGUACAGAAAGCUGCUCGACCCCGAGGAACCUCUGUUUAGUCGCACACGCGAGUUGUACCGUCUGAAGGAAUCCAUACUGAGGACUCCUGCUGGUGUUCAUGUGCUUGCCAAAGCUGUUGACACUACAAACUCUGUGUUACUACAGCAUGAGCUUGUGUACAAUCUUGGUCAAUCGGCUAUGGUAGAAGCAUGCCCACAUCUGGAACGGUUCAUUCGCGCAGUGGGCAAGUAUGAUAUUGUUACUCGUCACGAGGCGGUUGAGGCCUUAGGCGCCAUUGGGGACCCUGCAUGUAUUCCACUUCUGCGGCACUUCAUGGAACCGGCGAAUGAACCAGAGGCCGCCAUUCGUGAGUCAUGUGAACUCGCACUGAAACGAAUAGAAAUGCUCGAAGAGAAAGGUAAGGAGGCUGUGGGACCGGCGGCAAACUGUCCAUUUGUCUCUAUUGAUCCUGCACCCGCCUUCAACGGCACCAACACCGGUGGCUCUGCCCCCUAUACCGUUUCAGAACUUGAGAAUCUAUUAUGUGACACUACCGGUGCAGUUUCGCUGUGGUUACGUUACCAGGCUAUGUUCACGCUUAGAAACAUUGGAACCCCGGAAGCGGUAGCUGCGCUCUCUCGGGCACUGCGGCAAGACAACACGAGUGCAUUACUUCGGCACGAGGUGGCAUUUGUACUUGGACAGCUGGAGCAUCCGGCAAGCCAACCCGCUCUGCUUGAUGCACUUCGGGAUGAGCAUGAGGCCCCAAUGGUGCGACACGAGGCGGCGGAGGCGCUGGGGGCAAUCGCUGAUCCAAAGACACUUCCCGCAUUAGAGGAGUAUGCGAAGCACAAGGAAGCGAUCGUGCGUGAUAGUUGCGUGGUAGCGCUUGAAAUGCAUAAAUAUUGGUCACAAUUUAACAAUCAGAGAAUCCAACACUAG